GCAUGUGCUGCAUAAAGGCGAGAACGCCAGAACGUCGUGAGUUUCGAUUCAGUUCUUCUCCGGUUCUCGUUGGUUCUCUACUCUGGUUUAGGACCACGAAGCGAUUUUGCGCUGUGAAUCUCAGCUAAAGACAAUGUGAAGCCUGGUGGAAGAUUUUGAAUUCAUGGAGUGACCCCGAAUGAAGUUGGACGGCGUCCUCGCCAAAUUCCCUCGGUCACCGUACACCGCAGCGACGAAUGUUUCCAGCUUUUAAAGUCUGCAGGGCGGGAUUCUUUAGCAGUUCGGUCGGGUGCAUUAGUUAGGUGAGGCAACGCUUCAUCACUCAGGAGAAAACCCAGGUGUUGUGGCAAGAUGGUCUUCACGACGGAGUUGGUCGAAGCUGCAUUAAUGCAGCUGUACCACAACACUGAUGUUGCCUAUGCCGACGCCAAUCGCUACCUAACUUCAAUGCAGUGUUCCAUUGAAGCUUGGGAUAUUGCCUGGAAACUUCUGGAUUCUGACAAGCCUGUGGAGGUCCAGUACUUUGGUGCGAACACAUUGCACACCAAGAUCUCUCGUCACUGGCAUGAGCUGCCCAGUAAUCACUAUGAGGAACUUCGUAAAAAACUUCUCCAGGCAAUUGUGCGAUACUCUCGGGGGCCAAAACUGAUCCUUACCAAGAUUCUAGUAGCUAUGGCAUCGUUCGUAAUUCACGUCAUUCCAGAGUUCUGGUCAACUGCAAUACCUGACCUAAUGUCAUCCAUCCAUCCAUCAGUCAUGGUCAACGUUGCGCCCGACCACAUCUUGGAUCUCUUAUUGGAACUGCUGACAGUCAUCCCCGAGGAGCUGCAGGCUCGCGAGCGGACAAGCCGCGGCCCGAGCCGUCUUCGGCUAGAGUCGGCUAGUGAGUCGGUGCUGCAGUUUCUCAGCCGGUUGGUCACCCUGAGUCCCUCCGUGCUCCACUGCUACUCCUCGUGGUCCCAGCUCGGCUUCGACAACGAGCGGCAUCUUCAACUUCUGCCGAGGCUGGUGCAGUGCAUCGAAAAUCCCGAGCUGUGCCGCAGCGCGGCCGAAACUCUGACCAACGUGGCCACGCAUCCGGAUGCGCACCGGUUCCCCGGUUUCGUAAUGGAGGUCGUGUCUCGCAUAGUCGGCCUGGAGAAGACUCUCGCCGAGAGUCUGGCACGCGGCGACAGGGAAAACUCUGCCAGCAUCUACAGCCUCCUCAUCGAAGUCGGGGAAUGUCAUUCUCACCUGCUCGUGGAGUCAUUACUCUCCAAGCCCGAACACAAGGACAAUGUGCUCAAGCUGUUCAGGCUCGUGCUGCAAUGCAGCGCUUCGCCCGGCCACUUUCCCGUGGACGAGUCGUGGAGUCGACAGGCACUGGGGUUCUGGUAUGCGGUGCAAGAUGACGUCGGCGCCUGGGAGGGCCCCCAGGGGGAGUCGCUGUUGCUUGCACUGCACUCCCUCUGGCAGGCACUGCUCGAAGCGUUCCUGCGCAAGGCACGGCUUCCUCUCGACGACACCACCUGGACCGACGAGGAGAAGGACUCCCUACGUUGUUAUCGCCAGGACAUCAGCGACGCUCUGAUGUACUGCUACAACAUGCUGCGGGAGAGCCUCCUAGCCACGCUGGCAGCCCACAUGGAACUCGCCUCGCGGGCCCUUGCCCGAGAGCCUGCCAAGGAGUGGCCCUUCGCCGAGGCGUGCGUGUUUGCGCUCCAGGCCGUGGCCGAGUGCGUCGGAGUCGAGCAGGAGCGCUAUGUGGCGCCUCUGCUCGCAGAAGCGCUGCCGGCACUGCAGCUGCACCCACGGGUGGUCCCCACCGCGCUCUCCUGCCUGGGCGCCUUUGGCUCCUGGCUGCAGGCGCAUCCAUCCUGCCUGCAGGCCACACUCCCCAUGUUGCUGAGAGGGCUGGAAGACGCGCACACGGCCCCAGCGGCUACCCUGGCCCUCAAGGACAUCUCGAGGGACUGCAGCGGUGCCUUGGGACCCCAUGGGCCGCACAUACUCGCCGCCUCUCAGCACGCUCUCGCCGGGAGCAUCCUCGGCAACCGAGAGAAGGUCCGGGUGAUGGGCCUGGUCGGCCACAUCCUGAGCUCGGUCGGCCAGGACAACGCCAGGCCGUGGCUCAGCGCCCUGGUCGGGCCCCAGCUGGAAGCCCUGCGGCUGGCCGUGGCCGAAGAGCUGGGCCCCACGACAAAGCCGGUCGUCCUGCAGCAGCUCCGCAUGCUGGCCGCCCUCAUCUGCGGCCUGGCCACUGAAGAGGCGCCCGAGGGCGAGGAAGGCGCCGCCGCGUCCUGGGUGUCCCUAGUGGAGCUGGUGUUCGGGGAAGCCGGGUCCAUCGUAACGGAGCUUGCGGAGAAGUACUGCUGCGACGACCAGGUGGUCGAGGCACUGUGCGAGUGCGUGCGUCGCGGUGCAGCCAACCUGGAAGGGUCCGGAGCCGUCAAGCUGUUGGCAGUGUUGGUGACGCUACAGAGCCGGUGCGCUCACGCCUGCAUCUUGGACGCGAGCCGCUCCCUGCUGAUGGUGCUGGCGCAUCCGGGGCAACCCCAGAGCAGCGAGGAGGCAGCCCGGACCGCCCUGGCUCUGCUCUGCCAGAGCACCCUCGACCUGGUCGUUGCCUCUCCACAAGCUUUCCAAGAGCAUACCGUCAUUCUGGAAGCCUUCUUCCAAAUGAUGUAUUCAAUUGCUCGGAAAUCGACCAUGCUUCUAGUCACAGACAAGAUGGACCUGUUUCCGGUGUUUGCCUGCGCUGUGGCAACUAUAGCCCUUCCAGAGAGGAGCACGGUCAAGGCAGCUGCCAGUUUCCUGGCAGAGUUUAUACUGCACAGCCGACCGAUUCCUGCCCUGAUGACCGUGAUCAAUCGCUCCGGUGAACUUCUCGUCGAACAAGUCCUUAGGGUAAUAGCGGGAGGCGAAUCGCCACGAUCAGUGCUCGAUCCCAUGGCGGACAUCUUGCUCGCGCUGACGAAGAAGUACUUCAACGAGACCUGCCAUUGGGCGACGGUGCUCAUCCGGAUACCCGGAUUUCUGAGCUCGCGGCUGACAUUCGAGAAGAAAGAGCACUACCUCCGUCUCCUGCUCAAGGAACGCACCAACAAGCGGCGCAUCAAGGAGAUUGUCUCCGAGCUGAGUCUGGCAUCUCGGGGGCUGCUGGGCACGGAAUACGCCGCCCAGACCUUCAACGGCAUCUAGCAAGAUGAAGAAGAGACUUCGAAGCGUGGCCGACGCCGAGUGUUGUGGCGGCAGCGGACGAGUUAUUGCGCGAGGACGCUCCCGUCGACCGUUGUGCGAGACAUUUGUGUCGACCAAAUGUGUAAAUGUGUCGGUGUUUCUCGAACAAUGUAAAUGAAAUGACUGUUUGUGCAGCGAUUUCGUCUAUUUGUCUGGGCAAGUGGUUAAUCCGGCUCGAUGUGAACGUGGUCCUGGAGAUCUAGGGGCCGCGAAACGAUUUUAAUGUUGCGCGAGUCCGCAGCUUUUUAUCUUUUAUUUAUCUUAGCGCAAGUAAGGGAGGAUGCGCCUCCUUCAUCCCCCCCCUUCCCCCCUCACAACACCGCGAUUCCGCUGCGUAAUCUCGAGGCGACAAAACAAACUAUUUCCCCAGCUGUGACCGCAUAUGGUGACCAUGGGAAUUGCGGCGCGACGUUGUAAAGGGGUAUAUUGCAUUGGGUUGGCUUCAAACUGUGCAAUGUUUCAAGCUUACUCAUUGUCGUCUAAAAAAGGCUCGAGGUUCACCUAAGCACUUAUGAGUUGUGAAAGCGAAAGCAUGCACAUCAUUCUUCCACUCCCUUAUUUUGUCUGCAGCGUAUUUGCGUCGACUGCAGAGCGAGCAGUCUCCUCGCUGCUCCGACCUCGGAUGCUUCGUGUUACCGGCGCGCAGACGGACACGCAGAGCCAAGGGGGGGCGGUCGUUGAAACUGAUGCUCGGCGGCCAAUGAGAGCUUUGUUUCUUGAAACUACGACGCGUGCCAGCCAAUAGGAUUGAAGCCGAAAUCCAUCAGCUUCCCUCCGCUCCUUUGGGAUCGGGGAAACUAGGUGCCGUUGGGUAGGCGUUUCGCAUGGUUUCAUAGCUGGAAGCUGACUUUACGUGGAGAAAGGAUUUAAGGUGCCGUUUGACGUGGCUUCAAAGCCGAUGAUGUUGGCUUGCUUCAUAAGACAAUGCUUUCGCAUUAAAAUAAAUGUGUCAAAAGGCGUG